AAAGUCUGAAUUAGAAGGGAUGAAAUUUUGCAGAAAUUUUAGUCAUGUUAAUUGCUUGAAAAUGAGUAGUUUCAGGUUUUGAGGGGAACAUGCUUCUUCUCUGUACAAAUACUGUUUAUACGGAAAGUGAAACUGCGGAGUAUUGGAAUAAACUAGCUUGUUUCUGUUCUUCUGACUGUUUUGGCAAGAAAACGUUCUGGUUUAGGAGGGCUUCUGUGAUAGAGAAGGUCUUUGAAUAUAAAGGAAGUUUGUCUGCUAAAAAAUAGGCAAGGGGUCUCCUCUGCCACUUCGUAUCACCUCCCUGCUGAGAUGGGAGAGAUGGGCACAGCUCUGACAGCAGAGGCACUGCUGGGUUCAGGAGGCAAAUUCUGUUCUCAAAGAUUUUCUCAACUCUGACGCCUGCAGGACAGCUUGCCUGCAGCCUGCCUACACAUACCUAUCUACCAGGCAAAGCUGGAGGUUUUGGGGUUUGAUUUUCUAAUCUGUUGUUUCUCAGUACACAAUGAAGUUCACAGAAAGGCAGAAAAUCCCUCAGGCUGACAUCUGUACUUUUUCAAACUUCUCUAACCUCAUCUGAAGGAGACAAAGGAGAGUAAGACAAGAGAUAAAUCAUGGAUUCAGCAUCUGUGUCUGAAAAUGGCUACCUUGAUUUGCUGCUUUGUGAUAUUGAUCCAGUGCAUCUAUUUACAUUCUCAGACCCUAAGUCAUCUGGAAAUGAAGGUGAAUUCUUUGCAGAUCCUGAAAUUGAUACCUGCAACUAUGAACAAUUCAAUAAUAUGGAUUUCCUGUGUACAGUGGAAAAUGAUGAAAGUGAGGAUGAAUUGUAUCUCUCUUCCAGUGCCAGAGAUGCUUAUGCUAGAAUAGCUGAAUUAGCAGAAUAUGUGCUCAAGGAUCAGCAUGAGAAGCAGGUGGAAGAUGCUUUUGCAGGGAACCUUAUUUUGGAUGAAAUGGCUCUUGAAAACACUGAGAAAUUCACUGACGUAAAGAAGCAGAAAUGUCACAAAAGAACCUUUUUAGGCUCUGCAGAGACUUGUUCUGAUACUUCAGAACCUAAAUACAAGAAAAUUGUGGAUGCCCCUGCAGUAUCAACAGGGAAUGGAUGUUUCCUUACGACGUCUCUCAACAGCCAUUCAUCUGACUGCACCCCACUAACUCACCAGCACAUGUCCUUUUCUGUUCCCACUAUCAAUUUCCCACUGGGAAAUUUUGUAAUUCCUGGGUCUUCAGUACCUCUGAUUCCAGAGAGUCUGCCACUUGGCAUGAAAGACAACAGAGAGAACAUAGACUCUGUGGAUCCUGCUCAGCAGAAAAUUAAUUAUUUUCUUGGAAAUGAUCAAUCUAAUGCUAUAAAAUAUCCAGCACUGACUUCCUCCACUGAAUUAAUGGUAUCCCCAGGUUUUCAAGUUAAUUUAAAUGGCUUAGAAAUGUACAAAGAAGUCCAAGUUCCAGUAAUUCUUUCUGAAGAAACUUCAAGAAGACCAAGGUCAGUGGAAGCUUUCUGUACAUCGCUUAUGGAUUACUUCCGAGACGUAUGCAAAUCUGUGUCUGUGGAGCGUGAAAUGUCUCUUGAUCACAUGUAUAUUGAUGGUACACUUAGGCAAAGCCAAAUUGAAACCAAGCCUGGGAAGAACAGUGUAAAAUCAGUGGAAAAGGAUUCGGUAACUAACAGUCAGCAAGGGAAGGAAAAGGCAGUCCUUGAAAGAAACCAAAUAUUUCAAAUCCCAGGAGGUAAAGAGUUAGAGACUAAAGUGAUUGUGGUGCUGGGAAAAGCAGGAAUGGGCAAAAGCAUUCUUGUUCAGAAGAUCUGCCAGGACUGGUCCAAUGGAGAGUUUCCUCAGUUUGAAUUUGUCUUUUGGUUUGACUGCAAACAAAUAAGCUUGCCUGAGAAGUGGUACAGCUUGAAGGAUCUACUUCUUGACUUUUUUGUGAGACCUCAGGAGGGAAGCAAAGAGAUCUUCGAGUAUUUACUUCAGAAUUCUACUAAAGUCCUUCUGGUUUUUGAUGGUUUGGAAGGGUUGCACGGCCAUGAGAAUUUUCCUCAUUGUUCAGCCAGCCAGCCUAGCAAAGACUUGUGCCGCAUGAAGGAGCUGCUUUCGGGACUCAUCCAAAAGAAGAUACUCAAUGGCUGUACUUUAUUACUUACAGCAAGAACAAAAGAAAAGGUGUGCCAGUAUGUAUCCAAAGUGGAUAAGACUAUUGAAAUAGUAGGAUUCUCCCCUCAGCAGAGAGAACUGUACAUAACCAAAUACUUUGAAGGAUUCCCCUCGUGCGACAAUGCACUGAAUUUAAUCAAAGAGUGUGAGUACCUCUUCAGUCAUUGUUACAGCCCUGUUAUGUGUAGAUUUGUUUGUUUUCUCUGUGAGGCAAUACUUGAAAUGGGAGACCAAGGCCUUCCUUCAACUCUUACUACACUCUUCCUGAAAUUUGUUCAGCAAAAAAUAAUGCCUAUGCAAACAGACGUUACAGAUGUUACACUUGCACAAAACCAAGAGAAUCUUGCUACGCUAGCCUGUAUAGCCUGGUAUCUUGGAGAAAAGCACCAAAGUGCCAUGAAAAGUGACCUUCUUCCUUCUAAGAAAGUUAAAGAGUUUGCUCUGAAAAAUGGAUUUUUCCUGCCAUUUGCAUUCCCCAAACAUUCAGGUACAGGAGAAGAGGAAUAUGGGACCAUGUUCUCCGAUUUUGUCAUUCAGAAUUUCUUGGGUGCACUUCACCUUAUAUUAGCAGAAGGCAUCAAGGACAAAAGUUUAAUAAAGUAUCUGUCUUUUCCAUCCAAAAAGAAGAAACCUUAUAACUGGUUACAUUUAGUGCCUCGAUUUUUGGCUGGAUUGUUAUUCCUCCAGGAUGACACCUACUUCUGCUCUUCAAACAAGGGUGUAAAAAAAUCGACCAAGAAGCAGAAAAUGCUCCUGAAAUAUAUUAAAAGGUUGCAAAUAAACAACCUCUGUCCAGAGAGGUUACUUGAGCUUUUGCACUGUAUUUAUGAAACACAAAACAAUUAUCUCUUGCAGCAUGUGGCCUUAAGGCUCAAGCCAGACCUGUCCUUUCUGGGCACUGUUCUUACACCACCAGAUGUCCAUGUACUGUCCUCUACUUUAAAAAGGUCAAGAAAAGAGUUUUCCUUGGAUUUGCAGAACAGCAGUAUUGACACGCACGGGCUAAAAGACUUGGUUGGCCUGAAGAAUGUGACAUCGUUCAGGGCCUCCCUCAGUGAUACAAUCAAACUAUGGAAAUAUUUAGAACAGACAAAAGACUAUGAACUGCUGAGAGUGUCAACAGAAAAAUUUGUUCUUGAUCCCUUUAAGGCAAAGACAAUGAAAGACAUCAGUGACCUUUCUGACCUCGUAGAAAUGCAGGAGAUAAUAAUCAAUUGUGUUCAAGAUACCUCCAGUUGCAGCAGCUAUGAAAUUCCUGCCGUAAAAAACCUGAGAAAACUAGAAUUUGCUCUGGGUCCAGCGUGUGGCCUUCAGGGAUUCCUAAAACUCGUGGAAAUUCUGGCAGCAUUUCCAUCACUGCAGCAUUUAGACCUUGAUGCUCUGAGUGAAAAUGGCAUAGGAGAUGAAGGAGCAAAGAGUCUGUGUGAAGUCUUUCCAACACUGACAUCACUGGAAACAUUAAACUUGUCACAGAAUAAGAUAACAGAUGUGGGUGCAGAGAAACUAGCUACAGCUCUUCCCUCCUUGUCUUCAUUAACAACAUUAAGCUUAUACAACAAUAGCAUUUGUGAUUUUGGAGCAGAAAACCUUGCAAAAGUCCUUCCUGCAAUGGCUUCUUUAAGAGUGCUAGACAUUCAGUACAACAAAAUAACUGGUGUAGGAGCCCAACAGCUGACUGACAGCCUAAGAAAAUGUCCCCAUAUUAAAAAUUUGGUGAUGUGGAAUCCUACAAUUCCAUAUGGAGUUCUUGAACACCUUCAGCAGCUGGACUCCAGGAUCAGUGUGUAGCUUCAGAUGAUCCUAUAAAGGUAACAUAAAGAAGAGGGGAAGGUCUCUUCUGUGUUUUCCUAUCUUACCACUUCGAACUAUCUUACCAUUACGAAGCAGGAAUUAAAUGCCAACUUUUGUGAUAGUGGCAACAUGGAAAAAGUCACAUUGAACCUUCUGGGUGAUGCUUGAAGUGGGUGAAUGAUGGAGUUCACAGUUUUAAGAGGUCAUUUAAAGUGCUUUUUAAAAACUCAGUUGCGUCUCCAUUGAAUUGAUGAACAGUUAAGUAACACGUUUCACAGAAGAACAGCUGGAUAAUUUUCAGUAUUAAAAGUGAACAGGAGUCACCAGCUUAUUGACAGUAGAAAAUUCUAUCGAGUCAUCGAAGUGUACGCUACAAGCUGCUGCACCCUCAACGUCUGAAGUCAUGAGAGAUGAAAACUAAUUGUUUCGUGGUGCCAUUGAUAAACACAAUUAAGUUUGUUUUGAUUUUGGACUACCAAAGUUGAAGUUUUCACCUGUAAGUCUGGAUUAAAUGGAAGUGUCUGGAUCAGAAGCACAAGAACGACCAGACUGGAAAACAGUCUGAAAUUGUAAUGUUGUCCUUGGGAAUCUAGAAGUGGCUCUUUUCUUCAUGCUCAUUAUCAGUGCUGCCUUAAGAAAAGUACUUUUUAUCAAAUAAUUGUCUUGUUACAGAUUCCUUCAAAAAGAUUGGAGGGAGAAGAGAGAUGAAUUAAACUGAAAAACUAUCAGGGAUUUUUCUGAUAAUGUGACAGAAAUCGAAUUAUAUACAAACAGCUCCAGCAUAGUGCACAGAAAUCUUCAGAGUGACAUUGCUUAAAGGUUUUUACUCUGUCACAAAUGGAAACUUUACAAGUGUGAGGUUUUUUCUAUUUUUUAGUGAAAGAAUUUCACUAAACUGAAAACAAAACUGGAUUUCUGAAACCAAUUUUUCUUCUCAUUUAUAUAUCUGAAUUGAGAUUUAAUUGUCACCUGCAAGUGUGAGACUAAAUGCAUGAGCAUCUAUUCUAUACUUGAAAAUGAAAUCACUACUUUGUAUUCUUGAUGUGGUCUGCUUCUGCAGAGUUAAGAAGAAUUAGGCAAUGACGGGAAAUCGCGUAUUUCAAAGAAUUAACAUGGAUCUGUGCUGCUGCCCUCAGUGCUGUUUGAGCCAAAGCCUGCUCCUGCUGAAAGCAAUAGCAAAACAGUCUCCUUUUCUUGCACUUCAGCCCUCUGAACACAGGAAAAAAUAAUAAUUGUACAGAGGCAAUUGCCUGGACUAGCUCUCUGCAUGUCUAGAUACAAGCUGGCGACAGGAAAACAAGGUUGGAUGGUAGAAGCUAGCAUCCAGUAUGCUACAGAUUGAGAAGGGAGGGCUGUGUACCUCAUUUUGCUAACUUGAUCAACAGCCUCCUUUAAGUCUCUUUUGCUAGGAAGCACUGACAACACUGAUCAAAGAUCUUUGCAAAUGAGCAUCUCUCAACUCACCUUCCAAAUAUUCUGUUACUUGGUUUGAAAACAUCCCCAAUUUAAACAGUUCAAAACCUCAAUCUUUGUUCUUUCCAGCAAUUUCUAUGUUUCCACUUACAUUUCUGCACCUGCAGAAUCUUGACAAUUUAAAGAAAGAAGGAAGGAAGGUCAUCUAAUUUAUUGUUUCUGUUCAAAAAAGUCAGGAACCAGACCUAGCACGUGGAGGUAGUAGUGCAGGAGGGCAAGGUAAAAAACACUAUGGAGAAUGUGAUUUUAACUAGAAAAUUAUAUUUGCCUUCAUUAUCUGCUUCAGUCUUCAAGUUCUAGCCAGAGGUGUGGAAAAACCUCAUUUAUGUUCCCCUCUUUAAGCUGCUUGAAUGGGAAGCAGCUUGAGCUAAAUUCAGUGUGACAUUCCCAUCAGCCUACAGCACUCCGGCCACGCAGAGCUACAGUGAGCACUCCUCUCGGCUUCCUUGGACCACACUUAGGAUGACAAAUGCCCCUGUAGGGAUAAAUUCUGCAACCAGGCUUCACUGUGACUGAAUCUAAGAAUAUGCUAACUAUAAUGGAGGCAGCUGAAUGUUACAGCACUCUGCACUGCUAAAACAGUGUUGGGUAUUCUACUGUUCUCUUAGUGGGAGAUGUAGGCUUUAAUGUAGAUUGUGAAUUGUGAUGCAGUGUUUUGGUCAUCUUUAUACAUCUUUUUUGAAAGUAUUAAUUAAAGUGAGUAUUCCUUUUUACAGUA